AUAUAAUCACCUAAGGUACCUACAAUAGGCACCUAUGUCCUCUGUAUUGUACUUGCAAGGCCCCACUAAAGGUUUUUGGUACCUAAGGUAUCCAAUUUUUGACUUGCAUCGCGAACUGGAACUUUUUUUUUUAUAUCUCGAUUAACCUUGACUAGGAUUAUUCGAGCUUCAAAUGUCGCAUUAGCGAUAUGAAGCAGUCACUUUCACUUUCACCAUGUUGAGAGCGAGAAUAUCAGGGCGAGAGUCUUCUUCAAUAUGUGUCUUCUGUCGACAUCGCCUCUCGCUACGGCCAGCGACCCCGCGGACCGAGAAACAUCUCUCAAGUACGUCGAUCUUAAGGGAUAAUGACGGUUGGGGUGGCGGUUGGGGAAGCCAGGCUAAGCCUCCGGCGCAGCAGCCCAAGCCAGAAGAAUUUCUCUCCCACCAUGAGCUUCUAGCACGUCAGCAGCUACUCGCGAAGCAGCAAGCUCAAAAAGCUCAGCAAGCUCAGCAAGCUCCCACACCGCAACUACAACCUAGCGGCAAUGGUCUUGGGGCAAAAUAUAUAUGGAAUGCGCCAAAGCAAGAGGAAAUCGAACAAAGCCUCCAGAGAAACGGCAUGACCUUUCAAAAACCACCCACUGCCCAAAGAGAAGGUGGUUUUCGUAUUACGAAGUAUGGUGUCGAUUCCAAAGGCGUGGACAUCCGGCCCAGGGAGGGUCAGGGGAGACCUAUCGAACCUGUUAGGCGGCCCUCUCCUAUGGAUCCUAAUAAUACAGGCGCCUCUACUUCUACUUCUUCUUCUUCAACCUCCAACUUGGUUCCCAACUUCUGGACUAGACCAACUUCUAAAUCUCUAGGAAACCUAAUAACUAAAGUUGCGCAAGGCCCUCGUAACAACGAGCCUAUGCCAGCACGGGCGCCAAUCCAGGAGUCGAGACCACCUAGCACAGAACAGAGGCCUAGUAUAGAGCAGAGUGCUAGUACAAAGCAGGCAGUAAGCACAGAACAGAAUCAACCACCUCCAGCAGGACCGAACCCUUCAGCUACUUCGACCAGCCCUACGACAUCACCCCCUAAACCUGUCGGAGAUUCGGGAUGGGGUUUAUUGGCACGAAAACAAUCACCUAGUAAAUCUGAUGGCGAUGAUUUCUGGGCUGCUAUGGCUAAAAGUACUGGUGGGUUGCUAAGGCCGAAGCCCAAGAUACCAGACACUCCAGAGCAAGGUCCGAAAACACCUCAAGAGAAAAAAGACCCUUGGGCUGCUAUGCAAAACGAUAUCACCAAAAAAGAAACGACAUCUGCUACAUAUGAUUGGGGGAAAGAAUAUGAUACUUUGGUACCCGAAAAGAAGGCUGAGGAGAGACAGCGUCCAGAGAAGGAAGAGCCUGAGAAAGAAGAACCAGAGAAAGAAGAACCAGAGAAGCAAGAGCCAGAGAAAAAAGAGCCAGAGAAGAAGCCAGAAUCUGCACCGGAAGUCAGUGCUCGACAACAGGCUGUAACUGAAGGUCUCCAGAGUCGCGAUCGAGACCCUCGUCGUGAGAAACGACCAGAUUUGAUUGUGCAGGAAGAGCGAGGCCGAGGUGGUCGUGAAAAGCGUUCUAAGCGUAGCUCAAGGCGUGGAAAUGACGAGGAUGAAGGUGAUGGUUUUGACUACGAUGCUUACCAAGAGAAGCGCCGACAAAAGGCCCGACGUAAGGCUGAGCGACAAGCUCAAAUGGCCGGCCAUGUGCCCAUAUUGCUGCCGGAAUUGAUCACCAUCCCGGCUCUAGCUGAGGCUCUGAAGGUGGAACCUAAUUUAUUCUUAACUCAACUUGGCGAGAUGGGCUUCGAGGGCGUAACGUUGGAUAGUCUCAUGGCCGGUGAAACGGCUGCGCUUGUCGUGCAGGAGUAUGGUUUCGAGCCCACGGUUGAGUCUGGUGAAGACCGUGACCUCAAACCUCGUCCUCCACCUAAAGAUCCAUCGGUUCUCCCACCACGGCCGCCGGUUGUGACUAUCAUGGGUCACGUCGAUCACGGAAAGACAACUCUACUGGACUAUCUGCGCAAAUCAUCUAUAGCAGCUCAGGAACACGGCGGCAUCACGCAGAGAAUCGGUGCUUUCUCCGUGAAGCUCUCCUCGGGCAAGCCCAUCACCUUCCUUGACACCCCCGGACACGCUGCUUUCCUUUCGAUGCGCCAACGAGGUGCCUACGUAACGGACAUUGUCGUCUUGGUCGUAGCCGCGGAUGACAGCGUCAUGCCGCAGACUAUCGAAGCUAUUAAACACGCCCGAGCGGCCAAGGUGCCGAUGAUCGUGGCUAUAAAUAAGGUUGACAAGGAUGGUGCCAAUAUAAAUCAGGUAAAGAAUGAUCUUGCACGAGAAGGAGUCGAGAUCGAAGACUUUGGUGGAGACGUCCAAGUCGUCUGUGUGAGCGGAAAGACAGGCCAGGGGAUGGACGACUUGGAAGAGAAUAUCCUUUUACUCUCCGAAAUCUUGGAUCAUCGAGCUGAAGUCGAUGGCCCCGCAGAAGGCUGGAUCCUCGAGAGUAGUCUCAAGCCGUUAGGAAAGGCCGCUACUGUCCUCGUCAAGAGAGGCACUUUGCGACUCGGAGACUUCAUCGCAGCUGGUGUUACAUGGGCGAAGAUUCGGCAUAUGCGUAACGAGGCUGGUCUAGAUAUAAAUGAGGCACCGCCUGGAACUCCUGUCGAAAUCCUCGGCUGGAAGGAUCUCCCUGCUGCAGGUGACCAAGUUCUCCAGGCACCUGACGAGGGUAGCGCCAAAGAAGCUGUGGAGUAUCGCGAGAGGCUUCGCGAGAUGGAAAAAGACGCUGUCGCUCAGGCAGCUAUCACCGAGGCUCGCAAAGCGCAGCAAGAAAAACGUGCGCGUGAGAAGGCCGCAGAGAGCGCAGGUGAGGAAAUCGAGGAAGCUCUACCUGAAAAAGAGAACGGCGCGAAGAUGGUCAACUUCGUUGUUAAGGGAGACCUCCACGGUUCCGUGGAAGCGGUAUGCGCCGCGAUCCAGGAGUUGGGCAACCACGAGGUGCAGCCGCGCAUCCUGCGGUCGGGCACAGGUCCCAUCCGCGAGUUCGACGUAGAACAUGCGGCGGCGUCGAACUCGAUCAUCGUCAACUUCGCGACGACAACACCGGGAUAUAUCGAGCAGAUGGCGGAGGAGAAGGGCGUUAAGAUUUUAGACCACAAGGUUAUUUACCAUGUGAUAGACGACGUCAAGAGUAUUUUGAGCGACUACCUAGAGCCCGAGGUUACGAGCCACGUGUUGGGCGAGGCGGAGGUGCUGCAGAUCUUCCCGAUCAAUAUCAAGGGUCGGAUGUACAAGAAUAUCGCCGGUUGUAGGGUGCGUCAAGGACUGCUUACGAAGACUAACCUGUUCCGUAUUAUUAGGAACGGGGAGAAGGUCUAUGAUGGCAAACUCGAGACCCUCAAGCAUCUGAAGAAGGACGUUACGGAGGUGAAAACGGGUACCGAGUGCGGUGUCGGCUUCGAACAUUUCCAGGACUUCGAGGUCGGCGACAAGAUCCAGGCGUACAAACAAAUUAUAACUGAGCGUACCUUGUAAGUUUGCAACUA